UGAUUUGAUCGCAUGAGCGGCGCAAAAUGUGCGGUCCAUGUGGAAAUAAAUUGUUGUGAUACGGUUUUUAAGUUUAUUAAAGCAAAAUGAAAGAAGAAACCGAAUCCACUGUUGCCGUAAAGGAGAAUAAAGUGACCGCUUCAGUUUUGGAUGCAUUUGAUCUUCUAAAAGAGCCUAAAGAUGAUGUUAAACUCAAUGGAGCGUCCAAAAUUAUAUCGCAGCUACAAGGCAGUGAGAAUGAGAAAGAUCUUCAAUACGUCCUUAAGAGGCUCGUGAGAAGUUUAGGUGCCAACCUGCCUGAUAUGAGAACUGGGUACUUUGCUACCUUAGUAGCAUUACUGUCUAACUUUGAUGAUGUUACUAUUGCCCAAUUGCUGGAACUUGUGAAGAAAGAACUUCAUAGUAAUGGCUCUUCUAAAAGUGAAGUCGGUGAUGUGGCUCUAGGACAGAUUCUUGUCUGUGGUGCAAUCUUCCGUUCUAAAAUGUUCCUCAAAUGUACUAGUGAGGAGCAAACCCAAGUAAUUCAAUUGUUGUUGGCAGCCGGCAAAAAGAAGUCUUAUUUAAGCACUGUGGCAUAUCUCAUACUACUUGAUUUGAUCAAUGUUGUGGAUGCAGAACAAUUUGGCACCCUAAUAUGGCCAUUAAUAAAACAAGAUUUCAAGAAGGACAUAAAGGAACACACGUUGGAUUCCCUCUAUUUCCUCAUGAUGGUCAAUGACAAGUUUCCUGCCAAAAUAAAGCUAAGGAAACUCAUAGGAGUCACUGAAAUACUCUGUGAUGACAACAUUCAACCAAUCUGUGAGAAAAUUAUGGCUGGAAUAGAUUUCAACUCACUUGGACACCCAAUCUUCAAGGAAAUCGGCAAGAACAUUGCAAAUUCACCACAUUUGCAAGAAUUCUGGACUGGCAUUGACAGUCAACUUGUGAAACACAAUAGAAAUAGGGAACUGGUUGCCAUCAACAUUCUAACCACCAUCCUUAAUAAUAUUACUGAAAAUGUUAAUGUUAUUCCCGUGUUGAUUAGCAGAAACUUCUUCAAGCUCUUUAUGGACUGGUUCAAAGGGCUCCAAACAGCAAGCAAAAUCAGAAGCAAGAGAGACAAUGAAGAUGACAACAAAAUAAUGAUCAAGAAACAGAAGGAACUCCUCAACGCCUUAGCUAAAGCACUAAAAUCAGACAAAGUCGAUGACAGUAUAAGAAUCGACAUAUUAAAAAAACUUCUGUUCAAUCCGGGUGAAAUGAACUUUACUGAAAUCACAGGAACUUCUGUUGUGAAAGCUUUAAUAUCUGACCUGAAGGAAGAUGGAGUGAAGAAAAUGGCUAAAUUAUUGAAAGGAGUACUUUUGAAUACUUCUAAGAAAGUUUUGAAAGAGGAUGUUGAAAGGAAUUGGUAUAAUAACGAGCGGGUUAAGGCAGCUGAACUCAUUUCUCACUUGGUUAGCCAUGAGGCUGUGAAAGAUGACACAGAGUUGAAGUUAACCUAUAUGAAACUAUUGAUGUGUUUCGGUUUCUUUAAAAUUGGGGGUGAUGAAAGUGUGGCCGUCAGUAUUGAGCUAUCAGGGUCUAUCAAGUCAUGCUUUUACAGAUGUUUCACCUCACGCUUCUCAAACGUCGACAGCCUGGUCACAGUGUUAUCGUCUCUAAGCAGUUUCAUAUGCGGCAUAUUGCAAAAGGAACAAGUAAAAACAAAAAUUGAGAAACAAUUUCCAAAAGAAAACAUGGAAUGCUGGGACAUGCUGAUGGAAGUCUGUCAAAAUAUUGAGAAAAAUGAUACAAAGUCCAAAGUUGAUAAAGUGUUUCUUGUAUUACUCUAUCAGCUUGGACUAUUUCUAUUCUCGGAACCUGUUCACGUUAAAAUAGCAAGAAGUUCUAUUAAAGAACUUAAAAGUUGUUACGAACACUAUAGGAAAGGUAAGAAAAAGAAAUCCAAACCAGUCAAAGAAGGAGAUAUAUCAAGUGAUCCAGAAUGGAUUGAAGUGUUAGUUGAAGUUCUAUUGUCUAUAUUAUCAGCUGAAUCAAGUGUCCUGCGCUCAGUCGUACAAUGCGUAUUUAGGUUGCUGUGGGAAUACUUGACUCCUUCAUCAGUAGGGCAGAUAGUAUCAGUUUUGGAUCCUGAGAAUGAAUCCAACCCUCUGACAAAUGAGGAUUCUGACUCAGAAAAUGAGGAUGAUGACAUGGAAGGAAAGGAAAAUGGCAAGGAAAGUGAAGACGAGAAUGAAGAAGAGGAUGACAGCGAGAGUGAUGACGAAGACGAUGAUGAGGAUGGAGAUGACGAUGAAAUGAGAACACCGGACCAGUUGAGAUUAGCGGUACAGAAAGCCCUCGGCGCAGCAGCCCUAGAAUCCGACGCUGAAAGUGUAGAUGCUGACAUGAUUGACGAAGAGGAAGGCAAGAAACUCGACGAGGCUUUAGCAGAAGCCUUCAAACAAUUCCAUCAAGGCAAAGGAAAGAAAUCCAAGAAAGAUCGCAAAGACAAGAAGGCUUUGUCAGAUUUCAGAAUCAGGGUCCUUGAUCUGAUCGAUAUUUACUUGGAAAAAGAUCCGUCUAUGGAUAUUUGCCUCGGUAUGAUAGCGCCACUUACGAGAUGCCUAGAAUUCUGUAUACAAGACAGUCAGUUCAGUGAAUUGGAGAAUAGGGUCAGGAAAACUAUUAAAGCUCUGGCUAAAGUACGAAAGUUUUCUUCAACAGAUGAUAUUGACAUAAAUAUACUAUGUGAUCACCUGAAAGCAACAAUAGAUAAAGGUGCUAGAAGCCACUUCUUGUUCCAAGCUCUAGGUGAUGUCAUUACAUUCUUCGCGACAUUCAUAAUUCAUUGUUCACUGAAAAUUGUAACAAAAACCCAAAAAUCACCGAAAAAGUCUAAAGCAGUCUCACCUUUAGUUGAAAUCUUCAAGGAAUCAUUGCAAAGCUACUUCCAGAAUCGUAACUGUAUGUUGCCAAUCAUUUUCUUCCACAAUGUCUUGCAGGCGGAGUGGAGUGGCAGCUACGAACUUGUGCCCAUAACGAUAGAAAAUGCUUUCAAUAAUAAUGUACGACAAUUUCGCCGCAAUGAGGGAUUGGAAUUAAUUGCGGGCUUUUAUCGUUGUUUAAAAGCUAGAGCCAAGUCUGCUUCUUCUGAAAUAGAUAUGAAAGCUUUACAGAGCAUAGAAGCUAACUUCGAAAAUACUUUAACGAAAUCACUUAAGGGUGACGCAGAGUGUACAGUUAAAAAUAACUUCUUCAACACAUUGAAAAAAGUAAUAAACACAAUGCAACAGUUCCAUGAAAGCUGUCAUAUUGAAAGUAAAUUGGAAUUCAAAACUUUACUCGAAGUUGUAGGUUCAUGUAAACCUGCAAAAACAAAUAACAGUAAACAAGAACAAGUAAACCAUAAUCAACAGAAUAAUAAUAAUAAGAAAACAAAGAAGAAUAAGAAGAAGAGAAAAGCUGAACAGGUCAAUGGAAAUGUGGAACCAAGGAAAAAGAAAGCGAAAAAAAUAAGUGAAAGUGAAUAACUAUGUAAUAGGUAGUUAAGUUUGAAUUUUACAAUAAAUAACAGACAAUGA